AUGGAGUCGGUGCGAACGUUUUCUUCAACAGUUCAUGAAUUUUGGCGGGGUGUGGUCGAAUGGCGAAGCCCCGCUUCUGGUCCUUACCUUAUGCUUGUCAAUAUAGCAUUCUGGUCAACUGCACUUUACUGCUCUGAAUUUGUACAGCUUCGAAUCCUGUUAUCAUUGGCAGCCGGUGUGGUUGGCUGGGAUGUGCUGCUUUCACCUACACAUGAACGAAGUAUAGCUACUCAUGUAGCUUUGUGGCCCGUGCAGAACAUUUGGAGGACGUUGUCGGUGUGUGGUUGUUUAUACAGUUCUCAUCAGCUACAAAUGCAACAAUUGGAAACGGCCUGCAUAGCCGCCUACGCUACAGUGGGCUGUCUUCUCGUCAAUCCUGUAUGGAAUUACUAUGAAGUUAAUCAAAAAAUCGUACAUGGUUCCAAGUAUUUGAUUGUGCGCCCGCUGCAAGCAGUCUAUCGUGCUUUAAAGUAUGUAGUACUGUUACAAUUUGUACCACGUAAGUUCAAUACAGUUUUUUUUUUCAUUUUCCCUUGCAACGAUUUACUGGUUAUGAAGAUUUCAUUGAAUAUCAUCACGCCGACCAAAAAUUUCUUCUAUGCCGUUGGUCGGUGGUUACGGUAUUGGUUCUGUGCGCACUGGUGGCCAGAUCUAAAGCUUUGGAUAAAGGAAAAGAUAGUUGAUGGUUUACCUUCUUCUCUUUUAAAUUUUUAUUUCAUUUUUUCUCUGAUUUCUUGUUUGUUGUUCUUUCUACUUUCUUGUUUAUCUCAUCACAUGCUAAUUGGUGGACCACUUCGUCGUGCGUUCAACUAUUUCUGUUUUGGUUUGAUGUACGUUUUUUGUGCAUGGUUACGACGAUUCAAAGAUUAUACUAUGAUUCAAUUACGUCGACUAGGCGGUUUUCUUCAUCGAACGGUGGUGGUUCCGACGAAAAGUUUCCUCCGGCAAAAGUUCGACGAGUUCCGCGGCUGGUUGCGCCGAUGCUUACAUCGUCUCGCAGUUGCCAUUCGUGAUUCUGUGCUCUGGCCAAUUUGUGUGCUUGUCGUUGAUGCGGGCCGGGAAUUGAGUCUACUGAUGUACCGAGUUCUGCUACAGCCGGUACUGGAUUAUGUCUAUCAACGAUACAAAAUCCUUGAAACAGCUAUACUCAUCUAUUUUCUUGGGCCCGUAUGCGAUACGAUUGUUAGGAACAUACCUGAGAAGAGUCCCUUCUGCGGUGAGUUUGACAGAUUUCUAACAUCCCUAUGCUAUCCUCAUUUUCUAGAAGAAGAACGCGAUUUCACCGCUGGUCUCGCAUUCCCCACGAUUCACGCUUCCGAGUCCAGUGAUGAAGAAAUUGACCUGAAGGUUAGAAAGAAGCCUGCAACCACAAGGAAGAAGCGUCAAAAAGAAGAAAAACCGGCAGGACCGGCAGAUGUUGGCGCGGCACCAGAG